ACACGUUGUAUAGAUAAUUGCUCUGUGCUUGCAUAGAAAACACCUAUUCACUUUUAUUUUAAAGUAACCCAAGUUGACAGAAUUAGAAAACAGAGAACUCGGAAGGGUGUUCCAAAGCCAUGGUUAUAAGAAUAGAAGAUGUAAAUCACUCUGUACGAGUCCUUGGGACAACAUAGGGAUGUAAACCUGAUUUUGUCUUUGAUAGAAGCCUUUAGGUUGAUUACAAUUUCCAGCGAGUAUUCGAAUCGUGUGACGUUUGCCUUACGCGGCUUAACAACAUAAUAAUGUCGUACGGGUUUAUAUUUAUUGACGGACGGGUUUAUAUUUCUGUGCGUGCUCGUUUGUACACAGUGCUGUGAGGUUCGAGAUAACGCGCUAACGUGCUUUGGGAUUUAGAGCACAACUGCAACAAUUUGGCAAUCAAUCAAUAUGGUUAAAGCGAAGAAAUGGGUCGUCAAAAAAUACUUCGACGGGGUUCCCAAGAAAUCAGACUUUGAAAUCGUCGAAUAUGAACUACCAUCUCUGAAAGAUGGUGAGAUUUUGCUAAAAACUGAAUGGAUCAGCGUAGAUCCUUACCUGCGGGCGUACAACAAGAACCUUCCUAUUCCCUACGAUCAAUUCAGUUUUCAAGUUGGAGUGGUUCAAGAGACUAAGAAUCCCAAAUACCCAGUAGGUACCAAAGUCGUCACCCACGAAGGUUGGUGUGACUAUGUCAUUGUAAAAGAAACGCAAAUUGAGAUUGGUCAAUUCCCCAAAGGACUAACGUACAAGUUACCUGAUCUACAAGGUCUGUCUCCUUCAUUAGGAGUAGGUGCAGUCGGAAUGCCCGGAGUCACAGCAUAUUUUGGAUUUCUAGAGCUUUGUCAGCCUAAAGCUGGAGAAACUGUCGUUGUGACUGGAGCCGCAGGUGCUGUGGGAUCCCUAGUAGGCCAGAUUGCGAAGAUCAAGGGUUGCAAGGUCAUCGGCUUCGCUGGUUCAGAUGAGAAAUGCCAAUGGUUAGAAAAGGAGCUUGGCUUCGACAAAGCUUUGAAUUACAAAAAGGUCGAUGCGCAGUCGGCUUUGAAAGCAGCUGCUCCUCAAGGAGUAGACUGUUACUUCGACAACGUUGGUGGCGAACUGAGCAGUGUCAUCAUUGGCCAAAUGAAUAUAAGAGGGAGAGUGGCUGUCUGCGGCAGUAUUAGCGCUUACAACGACAAACAAUUGCCGAAAGCCACGAUUUUACAGCCAUCCAUCGUGUUCAAGGAAUUGAGGAUUGAAGGUUUUAUUGUGUGGCGUUGGCUUGGCCGCUGGUCGGAAGGUUUUACUCAAUUGGUCUCUUGGAUAAAGAGCGGUCAAUUGAAAACCGCGGAACACACGACGGUGGGCUUCGACAAACUCUUUGAUGCGUUUAUUGGAAUGUUGGCGGGAGAGAACACCGGCAAAGCUGUGGUUCAAGUGUGAACUCCUUAUCAAAGGAAAUACAAACUAGAACGUCCACGCAAACGCAGUAGCAAGCAUGCAAUUUUGCGUUCUAAUUGCGAUCAAUCACAAGACGUGCCCAAACCGCUGCGUCUUGUCUUGUUAAUUGACACGCGGGUUGGUUUGGCCUUAGCUUUUAAACGGUCUUUGUUACCUUAUUUUUAAAAAUAAAUGUGCAAUUAAUUUUGAAACUUUUCGUUAGUGGAACAUUAUUAAAAUAUAUUAUUUUUUGUAA